UGACAGUUGACAUUUGAAGGAUGUAACAAUUUGUGUCUGAUUUUGUGGUUAGCGUUAAGUCCUUCAACUUUUUGUUUACUGUUGUUUUAGUUAAUUAUCGAAAAUAUAUAAAAGUAAUUACGUAGGUACUUGUAGUAAAAGCACUUUUAGUAAAUUGAUUAAAAUUAUCUGUAUUUACUUUCUGCCGGAAAUAAAUUAACUGUGAGCAUAACAUUUUUAACGAUGUCUGGACCAGUACAAGAUGUUGUAGAAGAAGACGCAGCAGAUUUACAGUUUCCUAAAGAAUUUGAAAAUGCUGAGACAUUGCUGAUCUCAGAAGUAGACAUGUUAUUGGAGCAUAGGAAAGCGCAAAAUGAAUCAGCUGAAGAAGAACAAGAAUUCUCAGAAGUGUUUAUGAAGACACUCACAUACACUAAUAUGUUUAAGAAAUUCAAAAAUAAAGAAACCAUAGCCGCUGUUAGAAAUCUAUUACAAUCAAAGAAACUGCAUAAGUUUGAAGUUGCAAGUUUAGCAAACCUUUGUCCAGAAACGCCAGAAGAAGCCAAGGCCUUAAUACCAUCGUUAGAAGGCAGAUUUGAGGAUGAAGAACUAAGAAUUUUACUAGAUGAUAUACAAACAAAACGUAGUUUACAAUAUUAAAAUCCUUUACAGACAUAUUUACUACUUAAUCCUUGUAAAAUUUUAUGACUGAAUAAAAUGUAUUUAAAACUCACAAAAAGUAUAUUCAUCUAUC